AUGUCUUCAUCUUCGAUGAAUGAAUUUAUUUCAACAAUUCUUGCUAAACCAAAUAAAACAUCGAAUGAUUUACAAGAAAUAAUUAAUAAAUGGCAUGAUGAUUUAUUAAAAAAUGAAGAUUAUCUUCUUCAACAUGCUAAUCAAUUAAAUCAAAAACAACAAAUACUUAAUAAAACAACUGAAUUAUUUAUUCAAAAUCAAGAUUUAUUAACAAAUCUUGAAGAAAAUUUACAAGAAUUUCAAUUAUCAAUUCAAACAUUAAAAAAAUAUAAUGAUGAAUUAGAAAAUAAUAGUGAACAAUUAAAUAAUGAAAGUAAAAAUCUUUUACCAAAUAUUUUAUCAAAUCAUAAAAUUGAACAAGAUCGUUCAAUAAAUUAUGAACUUAUGGAAACAGUUGAUAAUCAUUUAAAUGAACUUGAUAAAACAAUAAAACAACUCUAUGAAAAGCUUCAAAUAAAUAAAGAUAGUUCAAUUAUAAAUACAAUAGAUGAUUUACAAACAUGUUUUGAUGAUAUUAAUAAUCUUCAAGAAUCUAUGAAACAAAUUAAAUUAUAA